AUGGCAGCAACCCAGAAGCUUUAUCCCCGAGGGACUGUCAAGCGCAUCGUCAAAGCGCACUCCAACCGCAGCGUGAGCAAGAAUGCCGACAUUCUGAUAUUCCUGGACUAUAUGCUGUUCAUGCAGGAAUUGAUGCGCGAGGCUUCCAUCCGAUCGCGCAAGUCAGGCGAGAAGAAUAUAUCGGCAAAUUCCAUUCGCAAGGUCACCGAGGUGCGUAAAAUCUCAUCUGUUUCGCGAUGGGUCUUCGUGUCCACGAAGAAAGCGCUGACACGGAUUGAUUGCCUUCUCAUCCAGAAAACCCUGCGCAAAUUCCAAGGAUAA